UGCGUCGUAUAUACUGUAUGUGUAUAUAUAUACAGCCUAUAUCAGUGUCGUUGCCAUACCGCUUCCAUUCCGGUCUCAGCUUCGCUUGUUCAACAUUCGCAGAUCUGUGACGAGAUGUGGCUUCGAACUUUAAUUUUGCUAACCUUGGCCAUUUCGGCGUUUGGAAUGUCUGCGAAAAACAAAUAUGGUAUACACCUCGAGAAGAAAGUUGAAAUUUGUAAGAACAUGAAAGCUGAUAUUGUGCUCAUAAUUGAUGGUUCUAACAGUAUUGGCGAGACAAAAUUCGAUCAACAAAUAGAAUUUCUGAAAAGUUUUGUUGGUUAUUUCGCAAUCGGAAAGAAUGAUGUGCGAUUUGGUGCCGUAACGUUUGGCAAUAAGGUUAUUAUGGGUAACACUUUCGGUUUGUCUCAAUACACCAAUAAAAAUCGACUGGAGGAGCGUGUAUCCCAGAUCAAUUUCAGACAAGAUGACGGUUCAAGUACACAAACGAAUUUAGCCAUCAAAUAUGCUCGCGAAACGCUGUUCAAAGACACCCGACAUUAUGCAAAGAAAAUAGCUAUUGUGAUCACAGAUGGGGAAUCGACAGAUUCGCUGAAAACAAAAGAAGAAGCGAGUGAGAUGAGGAAAGAUGGAAUAGUGAUAUUGGCCAUAGGUGUGGGAAAAAAUGCUUCAAAGGAAGAAUUACUUACAAUCACUGGUAAAGAAAAUUAUGUUUUUGAGAUCGAUGAAUAUUCCAAGUUGAAAACCAUUAAAAAGGAACUGACAAAGUUAGCCUGUAAAGGUAUGUAUAUUCUUAUAAUCUUAUAUUCUUAUCAUCUUAAAAUCUUAUAUUAUGUUUUUAUAAUCUUAUAUUCUUACAUUCUUAUGUUCCUAUAAUCUGUUAUUUCAAUU